AUGACUGCUGCAAAAACAGCAACAGCCACUACUACUACUACUACAAAAGCAGCAGUAAUAGCUUCUGCUAGAGCAGCUUCAGCUACAACAACGACAACGCCGACGACUGUGGCAUUGAAAUCAGCCAUUAGAGUUAAUUUUCAGCCAGAUGAACAUCAAGAGCCGCAGCAACUACAACAUCAACAGCCACAACAGCCACAGUUACAACAGCCACAGCCACAACAGCCACAGCUACAACAACAACAACUACAGCAGCAGCCACAGCAGCAGCCACAACAGCUGCAGCAACAACAUCAAUUUUUUCUCAAACAUUCAACGACAACAUAUAAAAAAAUUAUCAUUCUAGCUAUCAAAGAUGCUUCAUAUUCUAAGUACGUUGUGAAAGAUUAUUUGGAAAAUCUCAACCAAGUUGACCAUCAGGUUGUACUGCUGAAUGUCAUCCAACUGCCCUCUCUAAAGAAUGCAAUUCUGAUGUAUAGUAUCUUGCAUCUUGAAUAG